AUGUCCAUUGUCGCCAACUGCAUGGCCAUAACCGUGACUUGGAUGUUUGAAGGCAAGCUGGCUACUGAAAACAUGACCUAUAUUAAAGUAGCUCCUAGCAAUGCUGACUUUGCAUUAAGCUAUAAACAAGUUGCUUCAGAUGCAGUUGAGAAGAAUGUUUUCUUCUCUCCUCUGAGCAUCUCCACUGCCUUUGCAAUGCUGGUGUUAGGUGCUAAAUCAGCCACCCUAAACCAGAUUCACAAAGGACUCACUUUUAACCUGACAGAGAUUGAAGAGAAGGAGAUACAUGAUGGUUUUUGCAAUCUCAUUGUUUUGCUAAACCGUCCUGACAGUAAAAUGCAACUGAACCUGGGAAAUGCCCUUUUUGUUGAUGAGAAGCUGAGACCACGGCAGAAAUUUCUAGAUGAUGUCAAAAGCUUGUAUGAAGCAGAAGUUUUUCCUAGUAACUUCCAGAAUGUUCGGGCCGAGAAACAGAUCAAUGAUUAUAUAGAGAAGAAAACUCAUGGGAAAAUUGCAAAAUUGGUCUUGAUCCAUUCGCUGUGA